GGGGGACAGGGCCAAGUAGUAGUUGCAAAGCGGAAAGAAAAUGGCGGCCGUGGCUGCGGAGCCAGGAGCUGCUGCUGCAUCAACAACAGCGAGGGACGGGGUGGACUACGAACCCGAGCUGGGAGAGCAUGUGGUCGACCUAGAGGCCCACUCCGUCCCGGAAAGGGAGCUUUGUCAUCAACCCGAGGAUGUGGAUGCAGUUCAGGAAUGCAGCCAGGUCCAAAUGGAAAUCAGAAGGCCGGACCUUCAAGCCGCGGGAAAAGCCCUCGCUCCCCACGCGGACGGAGAGCGCACCGAGACGGGGGGGUCCUGGGUCCGCCUGGGCACAGCCGAGCAGCCCGUGCUUAUGGACUGCAGGUGCACAGAUUACGAGGAAUCCUUCUUGCCGAAGGUGGAGGCUGCAAACGAGGUCGGUGCUCUCGAAUCUAGCCCCUGCCUUUUGCCCCCCAGCCCCGUCUCAGACUCCCAGCCCUCUGUGGUCUUCUUGCAUUCCCUUCCCGCUCAGGUUCCGUCGGAGCCCAAAACCGGACUGUCUCUGGCUGUCGAAUACGACUCCAAUCCCGCAUCAAACCAUCCUACCGAUCUGGAGUGUGAACUCAUAGGCUUCUCGCAGCCGGAUCCCGAACCCGCAACCGAUGCUCUCGGGUCAGAACUCAAAACUCAGGAGGAUGCUUUCCAUGACACCCCGCACCCCUCAGACCACCUGGACUCCCUGUCCGCUGCGGAGGACACUUCGCUGGCAGAAUCAGUGGGUCAGAGCUGCAUGAGUGACUUUUCUACUGUUUCCAGUAAGGACUCUCCCAAACUUCCAGCGGAGGUGGAUCAGUCGCUCCUCUCCGCAGCUGAGGCGGAGGACAUGCGCUCGCAUCCUCUUCAUCAGCUGAGCUUCACAACGGACCUCCGCGAGCCCGACAGGGAGUCGGAGGAGACGAAAGCCCCGGUUCUGUGUGCGGCGGAGCCCGGCGCCGUGGAGCGCCUGAUGCUCGGCUCCGAGGUUCGAGUCACGCUAGAUCACAUCAUCGACGAUGCGCUCGUGGUGUCGUUUCGCUUGGGCGAGAAGAUCUUCUCUGGGGUCCUCAUGGACCUUUCGAAAAGGUUUGGACCUUAUGGGAUUCCUAUAACCGUGUUCCCCAAAAGAGAGUAUAAGGACAAACCAGAAUCUAUGCAGCUAAAGAUGGAAUCAUUCCAGUCAGAGACCGAUAAGGAUGUCACUCAAGGACCUAGUGAUGUCCCCAUUAAGGACCCUGCGGAUGCUUCGGAUGCCCCUCUGAAGGAUCCUGCUGAGACUGCCGCAGUGCCCCAUCACUGUCCCAACCCUCAACCUAACCCAUGGACCUCAAAACCACCUCCUUUGUUUCAGGAGGGGGCCCCUUAUCCACCUCCACUGUUCAUUAGGGACACCUACAACCAGUCAUUACCUCAGCCUCUACCACGCAAAAUCAGGCGGCCCAAGCGUAGGCUGUAUAGAGAGGAGCCCACUUCUAUAAUGAAUGCCAUCAAGCUCCGACCAAGACAAGUUCUGUGUGAUAAAUGUAAAGGGGCUGUGGUGCAAGGGGACAAGCGUGAAACACGCAGAGGCCCCAUUUCGGACUGCCGAAGUGACGAUGCCAAAAGACGGCGUAAUGAUAGCGCAGCGGCAGCUGCUGGUAAGCGGCCCCGUAGUGAUCCACGUUCUGACGAGAAGAGCCGUGGUACUGAUGGGCCCAAACGGCAGGGUUCGGCUGUACGGGUGUCGUCGGCCACCGCCUCUUCUCUGGGCCAUAGUCAGGUCAAAGGUGCAGCUGUUGGGAACAAAAUGAUGAAGGGGGUUUCUACUACAACCACGUCCUCGGCUAACUCUCGAGUGCAACUCAAUGCCAAAAAAGUGCUUCAGAGCAAAAAUGUUGAUCACUCCAAAGCACGAGAGGUGCUGAAGAUGGCCAAGGCUCAGAGAAGACAUGGAGAGACAGUCACAGGCAGUAGUGGGAACACUAAGGCCAUAACCAGGGCUGCUGCCCUCCAGGAAGCCCACCAAAAGGUCCACUUCACCAGGCGACUGCAGCAGAUCAGUGGAGGAGGUCCAGGUUCCAACCCCUUGCCACCCAGGAUGCGCAUCAAGCCCCAAAGGUACCGUAAUGAAGAGAACAAUUCUUCCUCAUGUAAGCUGCCUUGCUUGGAGAAAGUGCCGGGAGGGGGCCGUUUAACGCUGCCUAAACCAGCCAUGCCCCACUGCACCUCCACACGCUCCUCCUCCUCCUCCUGCUCUGCAAGCCAAGUUACCACAGCUGUAGAGCCCCAGAGGCCAGAAAAAGCAAUCGAGUCCCUGCUCAGCCAGGCCCAACCCGAGCCCCUCCCAGCCCCAGAAUACAGUGAACCCCAAGCUGAGCCAGAGGAACAGGAGGGGCGGGUGGAAAAGCGGGAGACGCGUGGGGGCAAGGCUGGUAACCUAGUGGUCUACAUGACCCUUAACCCCAGCCAUCACGACUCCUCUAGUACCUCCAUGUGCAGCAUUGAUAGUGCAGAUGACUUAAAGUCAUCAAAUUCUGAGUGUAGCUCUAUCGAAACGUUUGAAUUCCCCCCUCCUGGUGAUUUGCGAUCGGCCCCUGCCCCUGGCACGUCCUCCGCUUUUGCCUCUGCAUCUCCUUCUGCUCCUAAGGACAACAAAAAGUGCAGUAAAUCCCUCAAAGCUGCUGUCUUUUCCAAAAACGUUACGAAGUACAUUGCCCUGGAUGGCAGGACAAUUUGUGUAGGGGACAUUGUUUGGGCCAAAAUCCUUGGCUUCCCUUGGUGGCCUGCCCGCAUCCUAGCCAUCACAGUGAGUCGCAAAGAUAAUGGGCUCUUAGUCAGACAGGAGGCCCGGGUCUCUUGGUUUGGGUCACCCACUACUUCCUUCCUGGCCAUUACUCAACUUGCCCCAUUUCUAGAAAACUUUCAGUCUCGCUUUGACAAGAAGAGAAAAGGCCUGUAUCGUAAAGCCAUCACUGAGGCCGCCAAGGCUGCCAAGCAGCUCACACCCGAGGUCCGAGCCUUGCUAACUCAGUUUGAGACGUGAGGUGGUGUACCUUAGUAAGUGCUGCAACUCUGAAGGGCUGCUGAUUAUUCCGUUGCCCAAAGCACUGUCAUUGGUCAAGAGCCAGUCAUAUGAGAGGAGCCAUCCACAUGCGGAGAAGCAGGUGUACUGGAGAAAUUAUUUUUAUUUAAGAAAAGAAUUAUAUAUUUAUAACAAUGAAUAACAGACUCUCCAUCUAUUUCCUAAUCCGUCAUGCUGAAAUGAAUUUUUCAAACCAGAUUUUUCUUUACGCAGGCUUUAGUUUAAAGCAUGUGAAAGGACACUUGCAAAUACUGAACAGCACAGGGGAGUUACGGCCAUUGUGAAUUGUAGGUAGCAAUCCAGCACACGUUAAAGCAGGGUUUUAAGUGUUUGAAAGAUAUAACUUAUUAAAAUAUUUGAUGUAAAAAUGCAAUAAGUAUUGCAUGUGCUAUGCUUCACAGUACAAUUACAGAGGAUUGGAUCUUGUGCUUCUAGUCUUGGAUAAAAUCCCAGUGUUCUUUCCCAACAUCUGUGCUCCUUUAUAAUGCGAAAUUCUGAGCCUUAAUACAGUCUAGACUGUUCUUGAAGAGAGCUUGAAGUUUUCCACUCUGUGGUACGUCACACAUUCAAUGAUCAAUGCAAUCUGUACAGAUUUACAAAUCACUCCAACCCACUAGUUAGUCGAUUUUGACCUUUUUUGUGCUCCUCUCCAUUUAUAAAUGAUUUUCUUAUACAAGUCGAACAUGACAGUAAGAACGCAUCUUUUCUAUCUCUCAGUCUUUGCUUCAAGGUUUUCCUGUUAGCAUCAUUCAUUGCACACGCUCAACCUGAGGCCUGUAAAAAGAGAAUUUAGAGUGAGCGAGAAACAGCUGCUUGACUUUGUCUCGCUGUUGUACAUACAUGCGUUUCAGUACAAUCCCGGGUAUACAUAUGAAGAUGGUGGUUGUGGGUGUAAAUUUGUUUUAUUACUGUAUUAAAUGUAUAGCUCGAUGAAAUUAAACCUG